CGUCGCCUACUACUAAAUCCUAGCGGUUAGAUCCGUACCAAUCGGAUCGUUCUCGCCAUGGCCGCCGUCCUCCUCGGCCCUCCCGUCAUCCGCGGGGCACGCCCGCCACCACCACCACCGACCGCUACAGCUGCGGAGGGCCCCGCUUCCCACCCGUUCCUCGACCUCCUCGACGUCUGCUUCAACAACGACGACCCUCCAGCCGGUUCUGAUGCCGCCAACGGCGGCAAGGGGCCCCGCAUGGCGCGGACGGAGAACAACUCGGCCACCUACGCGAGUUCCGGCAACCCCUGCCUCGACCUCUUCUUCCAGGUCGUCCCCGACACGCCGGCGCAGCGCGUGCGCGAGCUCGUCACCAUUGCGUGGGCACACGACCCGCUCACCGCGCUCAAGCUCAUCGCGAACCUCCGCGGCGUGCGCGGCACGGGCAAGUCCGACAGGGAGGGAUUCUACGCCGCCGCGCUCUGGAUGCACGAGCGCCAUCCCAAGACGCUCGCCUGUAACCUUCCCGCGCUCGCCGAGUUCGGCUACCUCAAGGACUUCCCCGAGCUACUCUACCGCCUCAUCCACGGCGCCGACACGCGCAAGCUCUACAAGGCCAAGGCGGAAACCCAGAAGAUCAGACGCAAGGUCGCGGAGGUCCGCGCCGCCAGGCUGGCCGAAAAGAAGCGCGCGCACAGCCAAAGCGCUGCGCCUCAGCACACUGCCGGAGCUCCCGUGCUUGCCGACUUCGUCAGCGCCGCGCUCUCGAACCCCAGGACGAAGGCCAAGCGAAGCAGCGAGUCGGGAGCCGUGGUUCCUGCCGCGGCGCCUAUGGAGACAGAGGAGGCAGCUGUGGAGAACAAACCGGAGGCGGUGGAUGUGGCGGCAACGAAGGAGAUCCCCAUGACAAAGGAGGUGCGGAAGGUGGCCAAGCUCGCUGUGCAGUCGCUGGAGACAUACUACGGCAAUGGCGCCUACCGCUUCCUCUUCGACUGCGUCGCCCAGUUCUUCGCCGACCUCCUCGCCUCCGACCUUGAGCAGCUAGCGCCCGGUGGCAGGAAGACGAAGAUCGGGCUCGCCGCCAAGUGGUGCCCCACGCCAGGCUCGUCGUUCGACCGGACGACGCUGCUCUGCGAGGCCAUCGCGCGCCGCCUCUUCCCACGCGACUCCAGACCCGACUACUCUGACCUGUCAGAGGAGCACUACGCCUACCGGGUGCUCCACCGUCUCCGCCGCGAGGUGCUGGUGCCGUUGCGGAAGGUCCUGGAGCUCCCGGAGGUGUACAUGAGCGCCCAGCGGUGGUCCGAUCUGCCCUACACCCGCGUGGCGUCGGUGGCCAUGAGGCGCUACAAGGCCCUGUUCAAGAAGCACGACGAAGCGCGCUUCGACAAGUACCUCGAGGACGUUGAGGCUGGCAAGGCCAAGAUCGCGGCUGGCGCGCUCCUGCCCCACGAGAUCGCCGCCGCCGCGUUUCGUGGCGAGGCUGACGACGUGUCGGAGCUGCAGUGGCGCCGCAUGGUGGAGGACCUCCGCAAGAAGGGGUCUCUGAGCAACUGCAUCGCCGUCUGCGACGUUUCCGGGAGCAUGAGCGGCACGCCGAUGGAGGUGUGCGUGGCGCUGGGUCUGCUCAUCUCUGACCUCAGCGAGAUGCCAUGGGCGGGCAGGGUGAUCACGUUCAGCAUGACUCCCCAGAUCCACAAGAUUGAGGGCAAGACCCUCGCCCAGAAGAUGAGCUUCAUCAAGCGCAUGCAGUGGAACAUGAACACCAACUUCCAGGCGGUCUUUGACCGCAUCCUACGCACGGCGGUGGACGGUCGGGUAACCAAGGAUAAGAUGAUCAGGACCGUCUUCGUGUUCAGCGACAUGGAGUUCGACCAGGCGUCUGCUAGGCCUUGGGAAACGGACUACCAGGCCAUCUGCCGCAAGUUCAGUGACGCCGGGUACGGCGACGCGGUGCCUCAGAUCGUGUUCUGGAACCUGAGGGACUCAAAGUCGACGCCAGUGACGUCAACGCAGCCCGGAGUCGCGAUGGUGAGCGGAUUCUCCAAGAACUUGGUCAAGCUUUUCCUGGAGAACGAUGGCGUGGUGAACUCGGAGGCCGUCAUGAAGGCAGCCAUCGCCGGCGAGGAGUACCAGAAGCUUGCUGUGUUUGAUUGAUCGGUUAGGGGGUCAUUAGUUAGGCGUUGGGAGUUAAGUACGCAAGUGGAUGAUGCAUGUCUGAAUCCUGCGCCCAACCGUGCUAGUACUACUUUGUAAUCUGACAUGAAGGAACAGAGAUAGGUUGCUUUUGGUACCGAACAGCUUUCAGUUUCAGUGCAGGCUUGUUUUCUUCGAUUUAUGAAAUUUGUGUGCUUCUGUUCGAUCGUGUUAAAUUGUUCAAACAUAAUCCGAUCUUUGCUAAGACACUAAGAGCCUCA